CAGGGGUCACAAGAAAAAGAAUUUACCAAAGACCCGCUUACCCAUUGGACUCCAGACUGGUGAACAUGCUGGAAGUGGAAUUUUGAAAGGUUACCAGGAGCUUAAUUUAUACAUAUAUUUUUUUCUGGUCUUUUUUAUUAUUGUUAUUGUUCUUUUUUUCCCAUUUUAUGUAAAAGAAGCAAAAGUGGACGUGACGGUAAGGUUUUAAGAUUUGCUCACCGUAUUCUAAAAAUUUGGAAUGGAAAAAAAAAAAUUGGGAUUACAUUUUUAUAUAAUCUUAAAUGUAUAUGGCGGAAAACACUCAGGUGACUUGAAGUUCUGCCCUGAGACCCCCCAAUUUGGCCACAUUUCAAAAUUGCCCUAUAUGCUUGUGUGAUACAUCAUUGAAAAACUUAAAAUCUCAAAUUUCUGGGGGAUGGAAAAUUUUGAACAGGAGGACAUUUAAAAAAAAUUUUUUAAUUAAACCCUACUUCAAGGUAAGAGCAUGAGAGAGCUUAAUUAAAGACGCCAUGAUUUUAACUAGAUAUUAUUGCAUACUUACGUACCUUGUUUCGAUCCAAAAACUCCUUGUAGCAUGUCUCACAUAGCGUCAAGACAAAGCUGUGAAUGGCCAAAACCGGACUUUUUGGGGAUUUUAUGGGUGACACACGGUAAUAUAACAAGGGUCGCAAUGCAGAAAUCAAGGAAUGGUCGAGAUUUACUUUUUCAAAUAUUUACCCUUUUCAAAAAAUUUUUAAAAAAUUUUUCUUUGUUUGAAACAAUUAUCAUCUAAAAUAUAGGGGAAAAUGCGACCGUAACAAAAAAAAAAAAAAAAAUACAAGUAAGCGAUAGUUAUGAGGUAGAUAUCCGUGACCUAUUUAGAGACUGUUUUUUCAUUGCGGCGUAAUUUGUUUAAAAGUUUAAAAUAUGUGAGUGAAUAAUUUUAUAAAGUAGUUUUUUAAACUAAAUAUUAGACAUCAAUUAAAGAUUCGAAGCUAAACAUGAUAGACAUUUCGAAUAAUAAAUAUGAUUACUUACCUUCAUUUUAUGGCUGGGUUGAAACAAAAGUGGUUGCGCGGUGCCUGUAAACGGGGGGUUUCCAGGGUAAAACUGGGCUUCAACUGGCCAUGAAACUGCUAUGGCAUCAUAUAGACAUACUGUUCGAUCAAACACAACAGUUCUUUUGGCCUAAAAUACAGUUUAUUUUGAAGAGGGGUGCAAGAGCAGAAACUGCUUUUUCAGCCUUGUCUUUUCCGCCAUAUAUAUUUCAAGGCAGUGAAACAAGUAUUGAACUUUUCUUUCUAAAUCAUUGCUUCCAUUUUUUUUUUAAAUGUAAGUUAAUUGUAACAGUAACAAAGAUUCAAAUAUGUCAAUAUGGGUGUUUUGAUGUGAAUCUUAAUUGUAGCGCUGUAAAUUGAUGGAAUCUAUAACCAGUCUGACUUGAACACCUUCCUGGCACAGAUGCUUGUUCUCCCUGCUGCCAUUUUUCUGGGGAUACUUGCACUCCAUUCAAAUGUGGAAGCUGGCAAAUGUCCUCGAAUGUGCAUUUGUGACAGCACCAAGCUCACAGUAGCCUGUGUUGGUAAGAACUUCACUGAGGUUCCCUCGAGUAUUGACGAGAUCACAGUGAAAUUGGACCUGAGGAAUAACAACCUGCAGAUAUUGCAAAGAGGAGGAUUUGUGCACACCCCUUACCUCACCCACCUCAACCUACAGCGAUGCAACAUCGUCAAAGUGAAGGAAGGGGCUUUCCGCAUGCUGGGCCGAGUGGUCUCCCUAAACCUGGCUUACAACAAAAUUGACAUCCUAUACCAGGAGUCUUUUGAUGGUCUCUCGUCUUUGAAGGAGCUUCUUUUGGACCACAACAAUGUUGAGGAGAUCCAACCUGGAGCCUUCUUACAACUUGGCUCACUAAACAUGCUAACGCUCAUCCACAACCAGUUGGUGUACAUACCCAACAUGGCGUUUCAGGGCCUGCAAAACAUCAAAUGGCUACGUCUCAGCUAUAACUCCAUCAACAACUUGGCUCCCGAGGCCUUUGCGAGCUUAUUCACCCUCACCCGACUCAGUUUGGACCACAACGAACUACAGUUCUUUCCCACUCAGGCCAUGACCAGACUCAAGGAGGUCACGCGCUUGGACAUGAGCCACAACCGCAUGAUCUACCUUGGGGAAGAGUCUGUCUCCAUGGCAAAGCUCACACACUUGUACCUCAGCCACAUGUCCCUCCAGGACCUGUCGGACCAGGCCUUGUCCCAAGCUCCUGUGCUCACCCACCUGGACCUCAGUCACAACCAACUGCGUUACCUGGAACCUCUUAGGGGCCCCAAGAACCUUGCCAGCCUCAACCUCACUGCCAAUCCCAUCUACUGUAGCUGCUACAUGAGGCCCCUCAGGAACUGGGCCAGCAUCGGAGGUGUCAAACUUCUGGGAACCUGCGCGGGACCCGCUCACCUGUCUGAUGAGCCGUUGCGAGCCGUGGCGGCCGCUGACAUGCGUUGCCGCAGCAGGGGUGACCCGCUGAAAGACGAAUUUGAGGAGGAAGUGAUUUCAGUUACCAGCCCGCCAACAGAAAAACCCAAAUCCAAACCCAAACAGAAUGUCAAAUGUCCAGUUAACUGCGACUGUCACAUCGGUUCACAACAUGCCACAUGCGAGAGUCGAGGACACACCAAAGUUCCAAGAGGCUUCCCUAUCAAAACUCAAUUACUAGACCUUCGAGGCAACCACUUCCACAACCUUCCCGCCAACAGUUUUCCGGCCACUUCUGAAGUCAUUUCUCUACACCUGGAAUUUUGCAAAAUUCGCGAAAUCGAAGGUGGCGCCUUCCGGGGAAUGAAAAAGCUGUUUUAUUUGUAUCUGUCCGAAAAUGACCUCACAUCUUUGGUGCCUGAAACUUUCACCGGAACCCCUGAGCUCAGUUACCUUUACCUUGAGGGAAAUCGUUUGGCACAGUUUCCUGGUUCAGCUUUGCGACUUUUACCAAAUCUGUUUGCAUUACACCUGGAACGUAAUGAUAUCUCAAAACUGGAUUCCUCGGGUUUGCUGUCCUCAGUAACCCCGAAACUUAGAGAGCUUUACUUGACCAAUAACACAAUACGCACAAUUUCUAAGGGCGCUUUGGACUCUGCCUUUCUCGGUAAACUUCACCUGGACCGAAACAAGCUGACAAAUGUUCCGACCGCAGCCAUAUCCAACGCCCUCAAUCUGGAGGAGCUCAACCUGUCCCAUAACCGGAUUCUCUCAGUUGGACCGAACGCAUUUCGUCCUAUUUCCGAAAGUCUGAAGUGGCUCUACAUGGAUCAAAUGAGGACUGAAAAGAUGUCUAGGGACGCUCUUGCCGGGCUUGGCCCAGGAUUAAAGGCUCUCAGCGUGAGAGGAAACCAACUGAAGGAACUUCCUGAUUUGGGCUCCCUCACAGGCCUGGAGGUGGUUGACCUUCAAGACAACCCUCUACUUUGUGACUGUACUUUGCUGCCAUUGCACAGGUGGCUGGAGAGUGUGAGUUUGGAAGUGGGCGCUACCUGUGGCCACCCGCCCGAGCUAAGAGGUCGGCAAGUCCGGGAUUUGGAGUUAUUCAAGUCUUGUCCAGAAAACAGCUCUAAAUCCGAUAGAAAGCGUGUUGUUGGUGUGACUCCCUCUCGUGUACAAGCCAAGAAACCCAACGUCAAACUUGUGAAGGCUUCUGGAGUCAAGACUAAACCGGGAAGGAACAACAUAAAACGACCCAAGCCAACAAAGAAAGAGCAUCAAAGGAAACCUGUAGUUGGAACAGUGAACAAAAAGAAGAAACUGAUAAAAACGUGAUUUCAUAAUCAACAUUCUUCUCCACAAUGCGCAUGUUACAUUCACACCAUUUUCAAAUGAUUGAUAAAUGUACAAAAUGCUAACUGUGUGUGUUGGACUGCUUGAUUUGUUUCUGGAGUAAAUAAAAGCAAAACCCAGGGGUGUCGAACUUUUGUUGUCGGCCACAUAGGUUCCCUCAAAACUUUUAACUCCUUAUCAUAUUACAUGUAAAUAAAAAAAAAUAUUGAAUAAUUAAUUUUGAAAAAAAAAAAAAAAAAAGUUUAAAUUUCAAUAUCCUUAACAUUUUCUAAAUUAAAGACCAUUUGCCAUUGGAGUACAAGCUCUUGUUCAUCAGCGGCGGACUGGUAAUCUGUAGCUU